UAUUCGACGUGCGCAUGGAAGGAAGCGCUGUGGGCUGCAUUACAAUGAUCUGAUCUCUUUCUGUUCUGCUAGCUGUUGGAUAUAUGACUAACAGAAUGAUAUCGGACAACCACAAUCUAACGUUACAUUUGUGAAGAUAUCAAAGCAUUCGAAUAAAAUGUUUUAGCGUCAACUAAUAGACCAAAGAGCGGUUAUGAUGUGUAACAGUAGUCACGGCACCCAGCUAUACCUGGAGGUGCCGUCGUCAUGUCUGCCUAUCGUCUACUCUCCAGUAUACAACAUCACCUUCAUGGGCCUUGAGAAACUACACCCCUUCGACAGUGGGAAGUGGGGGAAAGUCAUCCACUUCCUAAAAGAGGAGAAGUUGAUCAGUGAUGGGAGCAUCGUUGAGGCACGGGAGGCUACAGAGGAAGACCUGCUGGUGGUUCACACCAAACGCUACCUCAACAGACUCAAGUGGUCCCUGAUUGUAGCGACCAUCACAGAGAUCCCUCCCCUCCUAUGCCUACCUAACUUCCUGGUUCAGAGACGGGUCCUGAGACCACUCAGAACGCAGACUGGAGGCACCAUCAUGGCAGGGAAACUGGCUGUAGACCGAGGCUGGGCCAUCAAUGUAGGUGGAGGUUUCCAUCAUUGCUCCAGUGACAAAGGAGGAGGAUUCUGUGCCUAUGCCGACAUCACCUUAGCUAUCAAGUUUCUGUUUGAGAGGGUGGAGGGAAUCUCCAGAGCCACCAUCAUAGAUCUGGAUGCACACCAGGGGAACGGUCAUGAGCGUGACUUCCUGGAUGACAGACGUGUUUUCAUCAUGGACGUCUAUAACCGACACAUCUACCCUGGAGACGGAUACGCAAAGAGAGCCAUAAAGCGUAAGGUGGAGCUGGACUGGGGGACAGAGGAUGAUGAGUACCUCCAGAAGGUAGAGCUCCACUCGGAGGGUGCUCUCAAUGAGGUCCGGCCUGACAUCAUAGUAUACAACGCCGGUACAGACAUCCUAGACGGAGACCCCCUGGGAGGGCUGGCUAUCUCACCACAGGGCAUCAUAAAGAGGGAUGAAAUUGUGUUCCGGGCAGCACGAAGGAGAGGGAUUCCCAUCCUGAUGGUGACAUCUGGUGGAUACCAGAAGAAGACUGCUCGCAUCAUCGCUGACUCCAUCAUCAACCUGCGACGCCAGGGCCUGAUUGGAGGGAAUGAGGAUGGGGAGGUGGCAGAAGAGUGUGUGGGCGGAGUCCCCCUCGUGAUGAGCAGCUCUGACUCCUCCCCUUCCUCUGUGUCGACAGGACCAGCCCCCAACACCAUUUGACUGUAACUGAACAUGAGUUGGAUCUUAGGGUCCAGAGCUUCUCCUGGAUCCGUAGGACACUAGAGGAAAAAUGUUAUGCUCGGGAAUAGAGUGCCUUUUCAGACUUCCCCACAAUCUUACUGAUGCCCAAGGUGACUGUGGCAGGGGUCGGUAAUGGUACAAUGUUGGUCGGGUAGCCUAGUGGUUAAGAGUGUUUGGCCAGUAAUUUUAAUCCCUGAGCCAGCUAGGUGAAAAGUCUACCGAUGUGCCCUUGAGCAAAGCACUUAACACUGGUUGCUCCUGUAAGUCUAUGGUUAACAGUGUCUGCUAAUUACUAAAAUGUAAAUGUCUGGGACAUUUUGUAGUGGUACAGGGUUGGUCUGAGACAUUUUGUAGUGGUACAGGGUUGGUCUGAGACAUUCUGUAGUGGUACAGGGUUGGUCUGAGACAUUCUGUAGUGGUACAGGGUUGGACUGAGACAUUCUGUAGUGGUACAGGGUUGGUCUGAGACAUUCUGUAGUGCUACAGGGUUGGUCUGAGACAUUCUGUAGUGGUACAGGAUUGGCCUGAGACAUUCUGUAGUGGUACAGGAUUGGCCUGAGACAUUCUGUAGUGCUACAGGGUUGGUCUGAGACAUUCUGUAGUGGUACGGGGUUGGACUGAGACAUUCUGUAGUGGUACAGGGUUGGUCUGAGACAUUCUGUAGUGGUACAGGGUUGGUCUGAGACAUUCUGUGGUGGUACAGGGUUGGUCUGAGACAUUCUGUAGUGGUACAGGGUUGGACUGAGACAUUCUGUAGUGGUACAGGGUUGGUCUGAGACAUUCUGUAGUGGUACAGGGUUGGUCUGAGACAUUCUGUAGUGGUACAGGGUUGGUCUGAGACAUUCUGUAGUGCUACAGGGUUGGUCUGAGACAUUUUGUAGUGGUACAGGGUUGGUCUGAGACAUUCUGUAGUGGUACAGGGUUGGUCUGAGACAUUCUGUAGUGGUACAGGGUUGGUCUGAGACAUUCUGUAGUGCUACAGGGUUGGUCUGAGACAUUCUGUAGUGCUACAGGGUUGGUCUGAGACAUUCUGUAGUGGUACAGGGUUGGUCUGAGACAUUCUGUAGUGGUACAGGGUUGGUCUGAGACAUUCUGUAGUGGUACAGGGUUGGUCUGAGACAUUCUGUAGUGCUACAGGGUUGGUCUGAGACAUUCUGUAGUGGUACAGGGUUGGUCUGAGACAUUCUGUAGUGCUACAGGGUUGGUCUGAGACAUUCUGUAGUGGUACAGGGUUGGUCUGAGACAUUCUGUAGUGGUACAGGGUUGGUCUGAGACAUUCUGUAGUGCUACAGGGUUGGUCUGAGACAUUCUGUAGUGGUACAGGGUUGGUCUGAGACAUUCUGUAGUGCUACAGGGUUGGACUGAGACAUUCUGUAGUGGUACAGGGUUGGUCUGAGACAUUCUGUAGUGGUACAGGGUUGGUCUGAGACAUUCUGUAGUGCUACAGGGUUGGUCUGAGACAUUCUGUAGUGCUACAGGGUUGGUCUGAGACAUUCUGUAGUGCUACAGGGUUGGUCUGAGACAUUCUGUAGUGGUACAGGGUUGGUCUGAGACAUUCUGUAGUGGUACAGGGUUGGUCUGAGACAUUCUGUAGUGCUACAGGGUUGGUCUGAGACAUUCUGUAGUGGUACAGGGUUGGUCUGAGACAUUCUGUAGUGGUACAGGGUUGGUCUGAGACAUUCUGUAGUGGUACAGGGUUGGUCUGAGACAUUCUGUAGUGCUACAGGGUUGGUCUGAGACAUUCUGUAGUGCUACAGGGUUGGUCUGAGACAUUCUGUAGUGGUACAGGGUUGGUCUGAGACAUUCUGUAGUGGUACAGGGUUGGUCUGAGACAUUCUGUAGUGGUACAGGGUUGGUCUGAGACAUUCUGUAGUGGUACAGGGUUGGUCUGAGACAUUCUGUAGUGCUACAGGGUUGGUCUGAGACAUUCUGUAGUGGUACAGGGUUGGUCUGAGACAUUCUGUAGUGGUACAGGGUUGGACUGAGACAUUCUGUAGUGGUACAGGGUUGGUCUGAGACAUUCUGUAGUGCUACAGGGUUGGACUGAGACAUUCUGUAGUGGUACAGGGUUGGUCUGAGACAUUCUGUAGUGGUACAGGGUUGGUCUGAGACAUUCUGUAGUGGUACAGGGUUGGUCUGAGACAUUCUGUAGUGGUACAGGGUUGGUCUGAGACAUUCUGUAGUGGUACAGGGUUGGUCUGAGACAUUCUGUAGUGGUACAGGGUUGGUCUGAGACAUUCUGUAGUGGUACAGGGUUGGUCUGAGACAUUCUGUAGUGGUACAGGGUUGGUCUGAGACAUUCUGUAGUGCUACAGGGUUGGACUGAGACAUUAUUUUGUGGUACAGGGUUGGUCUGAGACAUUCUGUAGUGCUACAGGGUUGGACUGAGACAUUCUGUAGUGCUACAGGGUUGGUCUGAGACAUUCUGUAGUGCUACAGGGUUGGUCUGAGACAUUCUUUUGUGGUACAGGGUUGGUCUGAGACAUUCUGUAGUGGUACAGGGUUGGGCUGAGACAUUCUGUAGUGGUACAGGGUUGGUCUGAGACAUUCUGUAGUGGUACAGGGUUGGUCUGAGACAUUCUGUAGUGCUACAGGGUUGGACUGAGACAUUCUGUAGUGGUACAGGGUUGGUCUGAGACAUUCUGUAGUGGUACAGGGUUGGUCUGAGACAUUCUGUAGUGGUACAGGGUUGGUCUGAGACAUUCUGUAGUGCUACAGGGUUGGACUGAGACAUUCUGUAGCGGUACAGGGUUGGUCGGAGACAUUCUGUAGUGCUACAGGGUUGGUCUGAGACAUUCUGUAGUGCUACAGGGUUGGACUGAGACAUUCUGUAGUGGUACAGGGUUGGUCUGAGACAUUCUGUAGUGGUACAGGGUUGGUCUGAGACAUUCUGUAGUGCUACAGGGUUGGACUGAGACAUUCUGUAGUGCUUCAGGGUUUGGUCUGAGACAUUCUGUAGUGGUACAGGGUUGGUCUGAGACAUUCUGUAGUGGUACAGGGUUGGUCUGAGACAUUCUGUAGUGCUACAGGGUUGGUCUGAGACAUUCUGUAGUGGUACAGGGUUGGUCUGAGACAUUCUGUGGUGGUACAGGGUUGGUCUGAGACAUUCUGUGGUGGUACAGGGUUGGUCUGAGACAUUCUGUAGUGGUACAGGGUUGGUCUGAGACAUUCUGUAGUGGUACAGGGUUGGACUGAGACAUUCUGUAGUGGUACAGGGUUGGUCUGAGACAUUCUGUAGUGGUACAGGGUUGGUCUGAGACAUUCUGUAGUGGUACAGGGUUGGACUGAGACAUUCUGUAGUGGUACAGGGUUGGUCUGAGACAUUCUGUAGUGCUACAGGGUUGGACUGAGACAUUCUGUAGUGCUACAGGGUUGGUCGGAGACAUUCUGUAGGGGUACAGGGUUGGUCUGAGACAUUCUGUAGUGCUACAGGGUUGGUCUGAGACAUUCUGUAGUGGUACAGGGUUGGUCUGAGACAUUCUGUGGUGGUACAGGGUUGGUCUGAGACAUUUUGUAGUGGUACAGGGUUGGUCUGAGACAUUCUGUAGUGCUACAGGGUUGGUCUGAGACAUUCUGUAGUGCUACAGGGUUGGACUGAGACAGAUAUAUAGUUUUCUGUGGACAGUAGUGUUUAAUACUAACACUAAACAGACAUUGGACUUUAAGAUUGACUUAAGUUUUCUGGUUCAUGUAUUCGUUUCUGGUUCAAACCAAUCUAGGGAGAAAGAGGGCCUUUUAAACCCUAAUAUUGAUGACGGUUAGGAACUGGGUUAGGUCUGACUGGCCCAGAGUUUCACCUGGGCUCCUGGGCUAUGACCCAAAUGGCACCUAAUUCCUUAUACGUUGGGCUAAGGGGCCUGUAUGGUUUGAUACUGCCACUGACUUGAAUUCGCUAGUUCAUAUUGACUUGAAGGACCAAUCUAUGAAAAAAGGGCCUUUACCUGGUCUAAUCACAUGGGUUGGUCAGGGAAAACUCAUGGGCCGUGUUCUAACACCCUAUUAUUUAGGGCACUACUUUGUCCAAAGGGGCUGUAAGGUAACUUAGUAGGACUUUACAGUAGGACUUAGUAGGACUUUACAGUAGGACUUUACAGUAGGACUUAGUAGGACUUUACAGUAGGACUUAGUAGGACUUUACAGAAGGACUUUACAGUAGGACUUAGUAGGACUUUACAGAAGGACUUUACAGUUGGACUUAGUAGGACUUUACAGUAGGACUUAGUAGGACUUUACAGUAGGACUUUACAGUAGGACUUAGUAGGACUUUACAGUAGGACUUAGUAGGACUUUACAGAAGGACUUUACAGUAGGACUUAGUAGGACUUUACAGAAGGACUUUACAGUUGGACUUAGUAGGACUUUACAGAAGGACUUUACAGUUGGACUUAGUAGACAGACAUUUGCUUCAUUGGAUGUUGAUAAUAUUGGAAGAGUUUUACAUGUUGUAUGAGUGUUUGGCAGAGGGUUUAAAGGGCAUUUUAACAAUGUGAUUUAAAAAUAUUUAAAAAAGUAAUUGAUGAGAUUAAUAUAAUAUGAUUGGUAUUGGUUAAUGAAUUAAUGAGAGUAAUAUAAUAUGAUUGGUAUUGGUUAAUGAAUUAAUGAGAGUAAUAUAAUAUGAUUGGUAUUGGUUAAUGAAUUAAUGAGAGUAAUAUAAUAUGAUUGGUAUUGGUUAAUGAAUUAAUGAGAGUAAUAUAAUAUGAUUGGUAUUGGUUAAUGAAUUAAUGAGAGUAAUAUAAUAUGAUUGGUAUUGGUUAAUGAAUUAAUGAGAGUAAUAUAAUAUGUCACCCCGCUCCUCCGCUCUCUCCACUGGCUUCCAGUUGAAGCUCGCAUCUGCUACAAGACCAUGGUGCUUGCCUACGGAGCUGUGAGGGGAACGGCACCUCAGUACCUCCAGGCUCUGAUCAGGCCCUACACCCAAACAAGGGCACUGCGUUCAUCCACCUCUGGCCUGCUCGCCUCCCUACCACUGAGGAAGUACAGUUCCCGCUCAGCCCAGUCAAAACUGUUCGCUGCUCUGGCCCCCCAAUGGUGGAACAAACUCCCUCACGACGCCAGGAUAGCGGAGUCAAUCACCACCUUCCGGAGACUCCUGAAACCCCACCUCUUUAAGGAAUACCUAGGAUAGGAUAAGUAAUCCUUCUCAAC